AUGUCGUUGGGACACUCCCUUGGCGAUUUCAUCGCGGGAGCAAAUAUGACGUACCGCCUUAUCCGAGCCUUGUCAGAAACGAAAGGAGCAUGUAUGGAGUACCAAGAGGCAAUGUCAGAGCUUGGUGCUCUACAGCAAACCUUCCUGCAGGUUGGCUACCUGCGACCCAGCGAUACAUUAAGUCAAGCGACGAUCAAUGCCGCAGCAUAUAUUGUUCUUUCUUCAGUGGAGCUCAUCGGGGAAUUCCUUCGAAAGACACAGAAAUAUCGCCAGAGAUUCUCCCAGGCCCGGACUGGGAAUGCGGUUUCUGAUAGCUGGCAAAAGAUGGGAUGGGUGUUGUUCAAAAGAGAGGAGCUGAGGGCUUUGAAAGACGCUCUGCACUUACGACUGACAAAUAUUUGGGUUUUGCUCUCGACCGCUGAGAUGUAA